ACUCACUCUGCUAGCGUGCAUGUGCUUUCGGAGGCUGGCAUAUUGAUUUCGGUUAGCCCUUCCAAAGAAGUUAGUGCGCCCAGCGUGAGCUCGUUUGGAAAAUAGUCCUCAUUGACGCUUUGCCCUACGACAAUGGCUGUGCCAGUUCGGGUGAACGUGGGACUGACGACCGCACGGACAUCACGCCGUCUGGCGGUGUCGACGCGGGCGUACCUGACGUCUGAAAUUCCGCCGAAUGUGCGAGAGGCUCGCGACUGGAUAGCCGCCUGGAAGGCGCGACAGGCGCCACCAGCAGGUGCGCCGGAGGCCCCUCCGAGCCCAGCAGCAGCUCUAGAGGUGCCGACCCACGUGCAGGAGGCGCGUAAUUGGAUCGCUGCCUGGAAGGCGCGCACCGAGCAGCGUGCUCCUGUCGCAACAGCAGCGCCAGAAGUGCCGGCCGCGGCAGCAUCACCCCCCCCAGAGGUGCCCCUCAACGUGCAAGAAGCACGUGCAUGGAUUGCAGCAUGGAAGGCAGGCCAGAUGCCCACUGCCCAGCAGGUCUACAGCAGCACUAUUGAGAGUCCACAACCGCCGGAAGCCGAGGAGGCUGCAGAGGAGGUUGUGCCUGUCGUCACAGAUGUAGCUGUACCUGCGGCGGCGGGACCUGACGGCGGACAAAGGCCUUUGGAGCCGCUAGUGGCGGCUGACGGCACACUGACAUUCAGUAAAUCGCUUCUCGACGGUGCGACAUACGAGGACCUUCUCCAGGCGCUGGCCGGCAAGGAACGUCGCGACUUGUUCUCGUAAUCCGCACGUGUGCGUGUGGGUGUGUUGUCGACGUCGGGGUCGUGGCCGCUAGCGCUGUGAGGUCAGCAGCCGUACAUCACAACAUAUACGUAUAGGGGUGGAUGUCGGGACAGCGCGUGCUUCAGGUUUUGAGGGAUCCCUGUACGGCAAGCUGCGCGGCUGGUUUGCCGUGUUGUGUACAGUGCCCUCUGCGAAGUACUGCGUUGCAUGAGGGGAAACAGCGUUAGAGGAUGCUGAGGGCGUGAUGUUCGUACGUCGUCAUGUUUUGAGGUAUGUAUACCUGGUAUGUUGUGUAGCGUCGGUGUUUGGUAAUAAAACAAUGUGGCGAUGUGUAUAAAGCCUUGGUUUGGAUAGCGAUCGCGAAGCACAAUCUAAUAUUAUACCGGUGGUAUGCAUUCGUAGUGCAACCUUAUUUUACCUGACGUUUUGCCGAAAGGGGAAAACCCAGUUGUUCAUUGAUAGGGGGCGAAGAACCCUGUUGCUGUUUUGUUCCUUUGCACGAUGAUUUUUGAGAUUAAAGGACGGCACUGUUUUGAAGUACAUGGUUUGGUUUGUUUCAUCAGCAUGUUGUAUGGAUUUUUUCGCUGCUAUAGCAAUUUUCCUCCCGCACCCUUGAAACCGCGUGAGCGCUCGCAAGCUGUUCCUAUAGCUGUCCUGCGGCGCAAACAAAAGACGGCAAGUUGGUUUGCCGCUUUCCAAUUUCUGCGCUGACGGGAGUUGUUGCUGGUUUGUUGUCCGUGCUCUCCGCGUCUUCCUCCGUCAUACCGCUGAUAAGCCGCAUAAACUAAACGCGGCUCUUAUGCAAGUUUAUGGUGAAUAAAACAGGCCCAGACCUAAAUUCAGUUGAUAUGAUCGAGAUAUGUCCCGGUAGUUCUUUUGGCGACGAAAGUUCCAAUUACAGCAAGCUGGCAACAGCGCUGAAGGGGCGAACGCAACAAAGGCUUUCCCAAUUACGAAAGCACUUGCAGCUCGCGCAGUAUCACGCGGGUCGGCUGUUGGAACUGGAGCUGCGUGCCGGGAGCCAUCACAGUGGAGCAACAACACAAAUUGACGCCAUAGCUUCAACUUCUAUCGCUGUUAACAAAAACUCUAGCAACAGUCAAGCUGAGUCAGUAGGGAAAGAGGAAGGGGAGCAGCAGGAAGAGCCUCCGCUGCACAUGCAUCGUGCGCAAGCGAGCCACCACGAGGCAGCUGCGAUGGCCCUGCUAUCGGGCAUACAGCAGCAACUGGAAAAAACUUCAGCGUCGGCUUCAGCACGCCAUUUUCACCGCUCCGCUACCGCAAGCGACUCCUCCCACUACACUGCCCGCGAAGCGCCACCUCCGACGGUGCUUCUCCACCUCCUGCCGCAGUGCCUGCUGGCGCGACUUGACAACAGCCUGUAUCCUUCCCCUGAUGCCGUGCCUAGCGCAAGCACGAUCACUAGCACGAGAUCAGAGGCUAUGGGUGUCAGGUCGCGUAGAAGAUACGCCCUCCUGGAGAGCCGGCUUCCCGUCGUGUCAUUGUUGGUGCAGUACUUCCAGCGGCCCUGGAUGCUGCCGGCUCUAGUCAAACCCUUCCGGCGGUGCGCAACGGCAGGGUCCGAACCCGUGAACACCAGCAAUGGAGACGGCGGAGUCGGCGGCGAAAACAGCAGUGCAGGUGGUGGCGUUAUCGGCAGUGGCGGCAGCAGAGGCGUUGACGGAGGGGCCGGGGGGCAGCAACAGCGGCAGCAGCAGCAGCGGCGGAGGGGGAUAAUUCGGAUGGAGAUGUUAAUUAAUGUGGACAGUCGGUCGGAUGCGGCGGCAGUGGCGGAGUUUGCGGCGGGGCCGCUGGGCGAGGGCUUCGUCAUACCGGUGUACAGCAAUAACGAUGACGACGUCUUCCCUGAGGACACGGUGUGCGAUUGGCUGUCGUCCUUGGUCCGAGCUUUCAGGCGCUGGCGUCGGAUGGGCGCCAUCGGCUCGCAGCGCUUCGUGUUUGACUACCAUCCGAACACGUCCAAGUACGGCGUCCAUUUCUGGGACCCGGGCGCAAAGGGGGGCCCCGGCGGCGGCCCCAGCGAGCGGCCGCCGCCAUCGCCAUCGCCACCGCCACCGCCGCCACUUCGUAUGCAGUUCGUGACGCUCAUUGACUACGCGCCUAUUGCGGUGUCGUACAUGGAGUUACCAGGCUUGAACAAGGACCCGCAAGAGUCGGAGGGCGGCACACACAGGCGCGGUGUGUUUGGGUACUGUUGGGAGCGGCAGUGGGAGCUGGCGAUCGGCUACAUGGGCCGCCGUUGGGGUCAUCACUGCAGAUGGGAGCCGGACUCCUUCUACUGGUUCGGAAGCAACGUAAUGGAGGUGAUUUCGGAGCACGUACGACAGCUUAACCUUCGGCUGCUGCGUCCGAUCGUGGAGCCAUCCGAGGUUGACUAUGUUUGCCCAUUCGGUUAUGGUUGCGGCGAGGUGCCGUACGACAACAUCACAGGUAUCCCGGGGCCUGUCCAUCCGCCGUUCGGCAACCUCACCACGUGGCCCAAACGCGUGCGGAUGCCCCGGCUGGCGCGGCGGCGCGGGACUAUUAACCGGGGAGGAAGGACAAAGGCGGCUGUGGCGAUGGCGGGGGCGGAUCGGACAGCAUAA